CCGAAAGUGCCGAACCAUUUUCGUAGAAGCAAAAGUCAAGUUCAGAGGUCAUCUGUUUCAAUGGGAAAAACAAGGAGAUUGUGCCCGUUCUCAUGCGGAAAAGGCCCUUUCGGCAAUAAGGCUCGAAGACGACACGUACAUAAAUUCCAUGGACCACUUCCAAACAUUUGUGACGUGUGCAAGGAACCAUUCCUCUCCGAGCGUGCUUUGCAAAUGCACGAAGAGGAUAAACAUUCAGGAACCAGUCAUAGAGCACACGAGCCUUUUAAAGUUGAACGGCACCCAAUCCCAAUAGCAGAUUUGUAUCUAGUGGAAGAUUUAGAUGUCACAAUCGCCAAUGUCAUACAACCAGAUAAAAAAUUCUUGUCAAAGACCAGAAGAGCUGUGGACAAACUUGUGAAAUUAAUCCAACACAACUUACCAACUGAGCUUACGGCAGCUCGCGUCUUCAAGGGCGGUUCACUUGGAAAAGGUACUGCUGUAAAAGGUAAAUCCGACAUUGACCUCAUCGUGAUGAUGUCAAAUAUCAGUGAGGUAUCCGACUUAACCAGUAAGAUGCCUAAGAUUUUACAAGAAAUGGAAACAAGUUUGCAAACAUUUGCUGGAGUUUCGGUGGUUGGCAAUUCCAAACAUUCCGUGCAGAUAACUUUUAAUGGAUUAUCGGUGGACAUUUUGCCAACGCUGAAUGUUAAGAACAAACGCUCUCUCAAGCGUUUAUACAGGAACAUGACGGAUCCACAUUCCUUGCACACUAAGGAAUUUUAUUCUGCAACAUUAUGCCAAUUACAAACUGCUCUUGUUGGGGCUGUGCCAACCAAAGUCAAAAGCCUAAUCCUCUUGAUCAAAUACUGGAACAAAGAGAAAGUAAAGCCAGUUGUUCUGAGUAGAACGCCAACGUCUUAUGUCUACGAGAUUAUUAUCUUGGACCGCUGGGUGAAGGCUGACAAACCGAAAUUGUUUGACAUGCGUAGAGCAGCCCACGACGUUUUAACCGCAUUGGUACAUCACAAGGACUUGCAAGUAUUAACCGCUGGACUGGCAAAAUACAGCAAGGAUACAGCCCAAAUCAGGCACGACACCUAUAUAAUGGAUCCAUGUAACCCAACCAACGAUCUAUACAACAGCCGUAACUGGAACUGGGAUGGAGUUGCGUCUGAGGCUAAAUGCUGGCUUAAAAGUUCAGUGUUCGAUGGAGUCAGCGGAACGACGGGACAUUGGUGAUAGGCAUUUGAAAAGAUGUGCCGGGAUUGUUUUUAGAAAAACUGUGAUACAUUUAAAUUUCAAGCGAGGACACAAUACUUCAUUUUUUAAUAUCCAAAUAUAGUAAAAGCUGGUGCAAAAGAGAAGGGAUUGAACCAAAUGCCUUAUUACCGUGGAUGAAUAAAAUAUUAUACCUAAUAGAUAAGAAAAUAUAGUUUUUCAACAACAAUCCGUUGGCACUUCACCCAAAGUCUAUUUCGAUAACUGCAAAGUUUAUAAUGGAUAUCAAAUCCCUACAUAAUAAACUUGUAUUUGUAUCAGCUGAUAAACCAGCUAAUAAUGUAAUCAUAGUUUGACGUUUAUAUUAUGUAAAUACUAUUAUUGGAGAGUUACAAUCUUCCAGAACUCUAGCUAACUCGAUGAAGAAAGUGUUAUUAGAAAUCAUAUUGGUUAUAAUGCUAAAUUUCAAGUUCUUUUGAAUAAUGAUCAUAAAAAACAUUUCUACAAUACACUGGUUGCCUAAGAUACAUACAAAUCCGUAUAAAUCACGAUUUAUUUUUAAUUCUAUUUCUUGCUCUACUAAACAAAUUUCAAUUUUACUUACAUCCUGCUUAACUGCUAUUAAGUUUCAUGUGAAAAAAUACUGUAGUAAAGACUAUGAGAAUUCUGGAAUUAAUCUCUUUUGGUCUAUCAAUAAUUCUUUAGAUUUAGUUAAUGAUUUUGAAAAUAGACGGUAUAAAUUCUUAAUACUUAUGACUUUUCAACGCUCUAUACAUCUAUUCCACAAUCCUUAUUUACAAACAAAUUGACUCCUCUUAUCGAAAAAAACUUUAGCAAGGGAGAAAAAUACUCACAUGGCAGUUAAUGUUAAAAAGGCUUUUUUUACUAAUGAUCGCUCAGAUAAAUUUAUCUAUUGGUCUAUUAGACAUGCACGGAUGUCAUUGAAAUUUUAAAUUUUGUACUCAAUUAUUCUUUUCUUAAAUUUGGUAUAUGUUUGUAUAAGAAAACUAUUGGAAUUCCAAUAUGUGCCAAUUAUGCACCUUUACUUGGAGACCUCUUUUUAUACUGCUAUGAAAGUGAAUAUAUAUUAAAAUUAUUUAAGUCUGGAGACCUAGCUCUUGUUGAUAAAUGCAAUAGCACGUUUAGAUACAUUGAUAAUAUUCUAAGUUUAGAUAAUCCUGUGUUUACAGAUAACAUUCAUUCGAUAUACCCUUCACAAUUGCAACUUAAUAAAUCAAAUACAUCCAUUUUAAAAGCAUCCUAUUUAGAUUUGCAACUAGAAGUAAAGGAAGAUAUAUUUAGCAUCAAUAUUUAUGAUAAACGUGAUUAUUUUAAUUUUAAAAUAAUUAAUUACCCUUCUUUAGAUGGUGAUGUUCCUAGUUCACCAUCAUAUGGUGUUUUUAUUGCACAGUUGAUACGAUUUGCUAGAAUAUGUACAGGUGUAAAAAAAUCAGCUCUCGCAGUAAACUUAUGACGCAAAAACUUCUAAAACAGGGUUUCCGAUAUUUUAAAUUAAGGAAAAUUUUCUCAAAAUUUCUUAAUGGUCAUUAUAAUCUCAUAUCAAAGUACAAUAGUAGUCUUAAAUCGCUCAUUACUGAUAGUAUUGCUCAUCCUGAUUUUUAUGGUGCUGUUUUGAAGAAAAUUCGUAAAAUUAGAAUGUUUCUAGCAAGUAGUUGGGCAGAUAGACUUAAUGAAUUACUUGGAUUUUUUUUAAACCGUGGAUAUAAAGGCAAUAUUUUGAAGAGCACUUGCCUUCUUGUUUUUGAAGAUGAAUACCUGAAACAAAAUAUUGGGUUGAAUAUAGCAUCCUUUCAUAACUAAACUUUCAGUGCUUUGAUUUUUAUGAAGAAUUUGCUAAUUCAUGUUAUCUUUAAAACAUUUUUGGCGGACACGUGUUGACUUACUCCAAAUGUUUUGGCUGUGACUUUUCUUCAAAUAUUUUUCGUUUUCAAAUCAUUUGGAAGGAAAGAAUAGCAUAUACAAGUCGCUUUUAUUUUUAAUAAUGUUUUUUUUUCUCAGUUUUAGUACAAUGAUGCUUUUUAUUAUGAAACUCUAUGAUCACACAGUUUUAAACCUUUUAUUUUAUAAGCCAGACUGUGUGUGAUGUUUUUUGGUUUCUAACGAUGACUGCAUCGUAUCUUUGAAAAGUAUUUGCAUUAGGUGCUCUGAAUUGUUUCCCUCCGUCUGCAGAUAGAGUUGGGAUCUCUAAUCAUUGAAGUACUUGGGGUUUACCUUUUCGUUUUUAAUUAUUAUUUGUUUUAUUGAUAAGUUUCCUCAAGUUAAUGCAUACUUUGAUAAGAUUUACCUUUUGCGUUUUAUCUUUAUAAAGAAUUGUUGGGAUAAGAGUGAGGUUUGUGCACAUAAACUGGUUUAACCCCCCAAUAAAUUUACAUUUUACUGACCGUUCCAAGGCGGUACCUAACAAUUCUUGAUAAACAUACCAAUUAUAUAUAUAUAGUAUUAAUGCACUGUGCUGUUUGUAGAGUUUUGUGCUGUUCUAUGUUUCUUGUUUGUGAUUUUGUGUUAUAUGACUUUGGCGUUUGCCCAUUGCCACUAAACCGGGUUUAUGUUUAAACUUUUUGCUACUGAGCAUGUUUCUGUAGCUUUUUGCAUAUAUAAUGAGUUUUAAAAUGUUUUUAAUUUCCUGAAUUAUUGCAUAUUAGAAAAUAACGCAGUUUACUGUUAGAUCUAUAGAACUUGCGAUAUGUGUUUUCAAAAUCUAAAUCUACUUAGUCAGAUGUGUUGAGCUUGGACAAAUUGGCAAAUUUUUGUCUCCACUCCAAAACUUGUGCCCUCAUGUCAUGAUUAGCAAGCUUUGACCAAUUGCCUCUUAGUGUUGCUUAACCGUAGCAGCUUUAAAACAGAACGUUUGUACUAAUGCAACACUUUUUCGGCCUAAAAUGUGUAAUACUAAGUGUUAAAAUUAAUGGUAAUUUAUGUUAUUUUUUUAAAGUUUAGUUUUCUGAACAAACUUCAAAAAGUCUGUGAAUGUGGUUCGAAUUAAGAUUCCUCAUUGCUAUACACGAACACGGUUCAAUUGUCGAUAUGUAAAUUUAAAGUGUACUGACCUUUCCAAGGCGGUACCUAAUAUGUUACCCGAAAUCACUCCUUGAUAAACAUCCCUAGUUGUUUUUAUAUAGAAUAUAUUUACUGUGUUGUUUGUGUGAAGUUUUGUGCUGCUGUUACAUGUUUCUGGUUUGUGAGUUCUUGCCUUUGUGUUUUGUCCCUGGCUUUUACCCUGUGCCUUUAAACGUUUAUGUUUGUUCAAACGCUCAACUACUGAGCUUGUUUCUGCAGUUUUUCAUAAAAAUAAUGCAUGUGUCUACAUAAUGAUAAUUGUUUACUUAUAAUCAACACUAAUAGAUCAAACCGAUAUUGUUUGUACUCCAUAAACUACAUUAUUACCAAAGUUAAGUUUUCUUUAUUGCUUAAUAAUUAUAUAUGUGUAUAACAUUUUACAUUUUAUUGCCUUCAAUUAAUUUGGCGCAAGCAAUAUAUAUACUACGUAUAGAUGUAUGUAUAAUAGCCCUAUCUUAAUGGAAUAAAUAUUUUGUGACUUGAAACGUGUGCACAUUACUCCUUCACAUGAAGUAUCAAUAAAUUUACACUCUGUGCUCAGUUUAGCCCAUUUAAAGAUUUGUGCCGGUGCCUACAUAAACCGCAUGGCUAUAUACAGCUAGACAAAAUAAUUAUCAGUACCAUUAUUGACAAAACAUUUAAUGUAUUUUUUUCGAACAAAACUGGGGUAACAGGACAAUGUGCCAGUUAACGAAACCUAGAGCCUGAUAAGUAUACGCAAAUAUCUUUAUUUCGAAGUUCUGAUAAUAUAUUCAUGCAAUUUAUCUCCAGAGGCAAUAUUCAUAAACGAACUUAUGCCAUUUCUUAACUUUAAUAAGUGGAUUUACUAAAAUGUUCAUAGUGUAGCGAAUUUGGGCUGAGCGAUACGUUGUUAAACUGUUGUCUGCUGCUUUUACAGUAAGGCGUAGGAUUUUGCUAUUGUAUACUUUCACUUUCAUUUUGAAUA